AUGUCUCCAGAGAGAAUCCUAGACAGAGAGAAGCACCGCUGCUUCGGCCGCUGGCAUGUGGUGGCUGCUGUGGCUUUGGCUGAAUGUGGUGACAGGUGUGACCAUCUGCCAGGGAAAGAGAGGGAGCAAAGGGGUGAAAAGAGGAACAGAGAAGGAGAGAGGAGCAGCAGCACCACCACCACUGCCAUGUCGUGGCUGAUGUGGGUGUGGCUGAGCGUGGUGACGGGCGUGGCCAUCUGCCAGGCUACCUUCUACCACACCAUCAAGCACCCACACCCCCACCUCACCCGGCCCGGACGCAACAACAUCCCCAUCAUAGAAGGCGGCACAUGUGAGGUGGUGGCUGCCCACCGCUGCUGCAACAAGAACAAGAUCGAGGAGCGAUCGCAGACCGUCAAGUGCUCCUGUCUACCUGGGAAGGUGGCGGGGACCACGCGCAACCAGCCGUCCUGCGUCGACGCCUCCAUAGUGAUUGGUAAGUGGUGGUGCGAGAUGGAGCCUUGUUUGGAGGGGGAGGAGUGCAAGACGUUGCCUGACAACUCCGGCUGGAUGUGUUACUCUGGCAACAAGAUCAAGACCACACGGAACACAGCGCCUUACUCCUCACUGUAG